AUGUCGUCGUCCCUGACCUGCUCCUCAUCGUUAUCAAAAUCAUUUUCUUCGGCGGCAGUACUGACCCCGCGUCGUCGGGGUCUUCGUCGAUGCAACAACAGCGUCGGUGGUGGUUUCUUCGCAGCAAAAACAUCCUCCUCGACGGCAUCAUCAGCGUCAACAAAUGAUGACGAGACGACGACGACGGGGAAACAACAAGAACAAGGACGCAACAACAAAAGCAACGAAACCCAAAAAACCGGUCGUCCUAAAUCUCCUUUUUAUUCGCAAGGGAAACAUCAGCGACGACGAGACGACAAAAUCAUUCAACUGAGGAGAGGAGAAUUUAAGAAUAGGGAGGAUCCACCUCCGUGGGAGACGACGUGGUCGGUGGAGAGUCGGUUGAUGAAAAUCGAAGGGAGUUUGUUCGAAGAAGAGGAAAAGGAAGAAGAAAUUGCUUCAUGUUUGAUAGACAUAAAAGGCUACGCGGAACCGAGUGGCCCGCACUCGUUCUUCCUGCAGGCGGAGAUCACCGGCCACAUACGAUGCCACUGCGACGCGUGCGACGGGAAGUUCAACUUACCGGUAAAAUCAGGAUUCAAACUUUUCCUGGACGAACACGCGACGGCGUUCGGCGAUGUCUCCGGAGACCUCGAAAUCGUCCCGUUCCCUCGCUCGACGGAACACGUGGAUUUAACCUCGGUCGCUCGGAGUUGGAUCGAGAUGAACUUAAAGGAGGAAUUUCUGUGCGACGAGUGCGGAGAGAACGACGGGGUCGUGGAGACGUGGAGUUUAGAUUACGACGGCGAGGUCAAGAUCACGAAAUGA